UGUGCACUCAUUUUGAGGGCGGUACAGUAGCCCAGAUAGUGUACAGUGGAGACCAGCAGGACAGAGGACAGCAGCAGGUGGUCUACACAGCAGACGGUAACUCCUACACCUCCGUGGAGUCGGCAGAACACACCCUAGUGUACAUCCACCCGGCCGACGGAUCAGGGAGUGUGUUUUCGGACCAGCCGCAGGUGGCCUACAUUCAGCAGGAUGGAACGACGCAACAGCUGACAGUGUUGUUGCCCAGUGGUCAGAACAUGAACGCCGCCAACCUUCAUGUCCUCAGUAACGUGGCCGAGGCUCCUCAGGCCCUGCUGGAGCCGGUUACACAGGGUCAGCUGUCUUGUGUCCAGUUCCCUCCCCUCCAUGGCUGGGAUGGUGACCCCUCCUCCAGCCCCUGGGGCCUCAUCCACGGAGGACUCUGACGAAGAGGAUAGGACGAAGAUGAUCGACUUAGAUGACUGGGAGCCUAGCGCCCCACAGGCCUUCACACCACACAACCUCUGGUGCGAGGAAUGUAACAUUUCCAACCCAUCCGUGUGUGUGAAGCACGGUGCCCCCACCCUAUCCCCCAACCGUCCAGUGGUCUCCCGGGCACGGCCAGCCUCCCUUCGUUCUCUACAUAGACCGCUUCCUAGGGGAGUCUUCUCCAAGAGAACGAAUCCCCAAGAGGACCCAGGUUUGGCCCCGUGGAGGGACCCUGUGUCAGACAGGGACAACUUCACGACCACUACAUCCA